UACUCUGCCUGGCUCUGCCACACAUACUACCGAACGGUCACUUCAGUGACACACUUUGAAUAGGAAACAGUUGAAGAUCUGUCCCCUGUAGUAAAAUGCCGGAAUAUCGUAUGAUUUACUUUGAUGGCCGAGGGAGGGCGGAACCCAUACGGCUGGCACUAGCUGUUGCAGGCCAGGCAUAUGAGGAUAAAAGAAUAAAAGACAACGAGGAAUGGGAAAAAGUCAAGUCAGAUAUGCCCCAGGAAGCACUGCCUGUAUUCUCAGUAGAUGGUGAUGUGAUAUCUCAAAGCUCUGCGAUAUUACGAUAUGUAGCUAGAGAAUACGGCCUGUAUGGUGAUGGCAACAAGAGCAUGACAAAGGUGGAUACAAUCAUAUCAACCUACGAAGACUUUUUCACCGAAAUGAUAAAGCCGUUUAUGGAGAAAGAUGGAGAAAAUAAGAAGGAAAUGAUAAAAACAUUUGGUGAGAAAGCGGUUCCUAAAUAUGUUUCUUUUAUCGGAAAAAUAUUGAGCGAUAACCCAGAGAAAAGCGGAUGGCUAGUCGGAUCAAAGUUAACGGUAGCCGACAUCGUUGUGUUCUGUAUAAUUGACUCUCUCUUACAGUUGACGGUAGCCGACAUCGUUGUGUUCUGUAUAAUUGACUCUCUCUUACAGUUGACGGUAGCCGACAUCGUUGUGUUUUGUAUAAUUGACUCUCUCUUACAGUUAACGGUAGCCGACAUCGUUGUGUUCUGUAUAAUUGACUCUCUCUUACAGUUGACGGUAGCCGACAUCGUUGUGUUCUGUAUAAUUGACUCUCUCUUACAGUUAACGGUAGCCGACAUCGUUGUGUUCUGUAUAAUUGACUCUCUCUUACAGUUGACGGUAGCCGACAUCGUUGUGUUCUGUAUAAUUGACUCUCUCUUACAGUUAACGGUAGCCGACAUCGUUGUGUUCUGUAUAAUUGACUCUCUCUUACAGUUGACGGUAGCCGACAUCGUUGUGUUCUGUAUACUUGACUCUAACUCUCUUACAGUUGACGGUAGCCGACAUCGUUGUGUUCUGUAUACUUGACUCUAACUCUCUUACAGUUGACGGUAGCCGACAUCGUUGUGUUCUGUAUAAUUGACUCUAACUCUCUUACAGUUAACGGUAGCCGACAUCGUUGUGUUCUGUAUAAUUGACUCUCUCUUACAGUUGACGGUAGCCGACAUCGUUGUGUUCUGUAUAAUU